AUGGUUAAAAAAAAUUUUAUCUAUACUUUGACUGUUAAUGAUUUAUUUUUUAAUACUAAUUAUUAUAUUAAUCAUUUGCAUAUGGAUCAAAUCCUAUCAGAAAUUUUGCAAAAAUACUCAUCUCAGCUUCAGCCUUUAUCUAAAGAGGAACUCUUGGAUAAAAUCCGUGGAUGUAUAUAUGGGCAAGCUUUAGGUGAUGCCAUUGGUAUCCGGACAGAAUUUUUAUCAGCAGAUGAAGCAUCUGACAAUUGAAGAAACCGUCCUCUAACUUUAUUAGGUUGGGAGAAGCGUAGAAAAUUCCCAGAAGGUGACUGAAGUGAUGACACAGACCAAAUGAUAGUCAUCCUUAAUUCCUAUCUUCAGUCAAGAGGUUGGGAUCUCCAAGAUUUCGCCAAAAAAUUAAGAGAAUGGAAGAAAAAAGGCUUUCGUGAGCUCGGCGAUAAGUCUGGAUUAGGAUGCGGAUAUACAGUAAGCAGAGUUAUUAGUCAUAAAGAGUUUCUUACAAAUCCUCAUAUGGCUGCUCUUGACAUAUGAAUUGGAGGACAAUGUAACUUAGCAGCUAAUGGAGCUCUCAUGAGGUCAUGCAUCCUAGGAAUUAUUAAUUAUAAUAACACUGAACAAGUCAUUAGACAAACAAAAGAGAUAGGGAAAUGCACUCAUGCAGACCCUAGGAGUCUAGCUGCAAGUAUAGCCCAGACAGUUGCAAUUUCAUUAAUGCUACAAGGGAUGAGAGAUGCUAACACAAUUACAGAAGCCUCAUAUGAAAUUACAUCUAAUUUUUUGCAAAAUUAUUCAAAUACUUUGGAUGGAGAAGUGAAUUCGAGCUGUAAGCCUGAAAAAAUAGAGGAGUAUAAUACACAUAAAGGGAACAUCGGUGAUCAUUUUAAUAGUGAAACACUAAGAAGGUAUAUGAAUAUUGACCUUCAAACUUUGGCACCUAUUGAUGGAGAAGAUAUGGGAUAUGCUUAUAUUUGUUUAGGGUGCACUUUUCAUGCUUUAAGGCAAGAUAAUUACGAAGACACUAUAAGAGAUAUCAUCAUUCAAGGAGGAGAUGCUGAUACUAAUGCAGCUGCUGCAGGGGCAUUGCUAGGAUGCAAAGUUGGGUUUUCAGGACUUCCUCAAAAUUUGGUCCAACAACUAUUACAUAAAGACUGACUAGAAGAAAAAAUUACCCACCUCAUUAACAGGCUAGGAUUUUUAACAGUUUAA